AUGCGUGCAAAUAAGAUAGAAGGUGCAUCAAAUUUGAAAAUGGGGAAGAAGAAUGCGAUGGAAAACGGCUUACUUGAUGCGUCCAAGAAGGUCUGCCUUUGUUCUCCGACCACCCAUGCUGGUUCAUUCAAGUGCCGCCUCCACCGCCUUGAUGCAACUCAGAAAUCAUCAUCAGGACACAGCACUAGCACUACUCAAAGCUUCGAUUUGGGGAGGAUUCCCUCAGAGGGUGACAAGGUUUGA